GACGGGAGAGACGCGUUAUCACGCGGAGCGACAACUCCCUUUUCGACACCUGCGUCUGCACAGGGAUAAAAAAAAGAAUACGGAGGAGGAAGCGCCCAGAAGGCAACGAUCUGCGCCGGGAAAAGGAAAGGUCAGACGACGUGCGACGGAAGAAGGUAUCCGCUUACGAAGCAGACGGGUUUCGUCGAUUCGUCGAGGGGAGAGCUGGAGCCAUGGUAGGGUAAACGGCACAGCCACCUUAACGCCUGGAGGCACCGGCGUUGUCCCCCUACCGCACCAACCUUGCUCCCAGUCAUCCUAGGCUUCUCCGUUAGCCCCGGAACGACCCUACGAAAACACAGGGGGAAAGAUACUGCAACGCUCAGCGGGCCCGCCGGAGAAAGGAGACGAACACACGCAACCGCACAUCACUGCUUCGCCCUUCGGAACGACCCUUUCAAGCUUCGCUCUCAGUGACGUGCCGCUGCACCGCCUCGCUUCGCUGUACUGCAGUAGUGCACGCUUCGCAGUGGUUUCCCGGAGUUUUUGAAGGAAGAGUGGAAUCGGGAACUGAGGGAUACAGGGAAAAGGGUUUUUUUUUUUCUGACGACCCUAUACGUGCGGGGCACAACGGCCAAGUCCCAUUCGUUUCUGCCCACCGCCUCAACUGCGAAAGAGAGUGUGCCGGAGAGACUUUUGCGUUCUUUCGUUCGCCGCAUCUACUAGCUCUGUUUCCGUCGGUGUCAAGGAGGAGACGGGGAAGAGUUAUUUUGUUCGCAAAAGCCCACCCCUCACCGAAAGACACCACGAGCCGGCACUUCUAGACACCACAUAGACACCACGAGCCGGCACUUCUACGAUUGAAACGCAAGACGACAUGGCACCCCGGGACCACGCGGCGGCCUCUAUCGACGGACUGCUGAUGCGGCUACGCAAAGCAGUCGCGCCCGCCCUGGAGCCCAGAACAGGUGCCACCGUUCCGCCUGCCGCCCCCGAAUCGGCGCCCGCCGCGCCGCCACCGGCCGCACCUCAACCGCCACCGGCCGCGCCUCAACCGCCACCGGCGGCGCCCGAAGCCCCGGCGCCCGCAGCUCCCGCAGCUCCCGCGGCUCCCGUCGCCUCGCCAGCCGCGCCACCGCCCGGUGCGGGCGUGGUUGCCGCACCGUCGGGCGGCACGGCGCCGGCGGCACCUGCCGCGCCCGCCGCGCCCGCCGCACCCGCCGCUGGUGUAGUGGCGGCCCCUGCCGGCGCCGGUGCCGCUGCUGCUGGUGCCGCCGGCUCGGCGGCGGCUGUUGGAGCGGUCGCGCAGAACAAUGCGACGUCCGUGGUGGCUGCUGCCCCCGAAGAAGAGGUCUUGGAGGAGAUGCUGCACAAGGCCUCAGACCUUACGCACAUUCCUCCAUGGGGCAUCGUGAUGAUCCUGAUCGCAGUGGCGCUGCUGCUGCUCUGCAUUUGCUUCUGCUGCCUGCGGCGCUGGUGUCGCCGCCGCAAGAAGGACGCAAAGAAGGGACUCAAGGGCGCCGUGGACCUCAAGGGAGUCCAGCUACUGGGCAACGCCUACAAGGAGAAGGUCCAGCCGGACAUGGAGGAACUACAGGACAACAUGGAGAACAACGAGGGUGACGGUGAGAGUAAGAAAUCCGAGGAGAAGCUGGGCAGGCUUCAGUUCAAGUUGGACUACGACUUCAACACCAGCAACCUUGCCGUGACUGUGAUCCAAGCCGAAGACCUGCCUGGUUUGGACAUGUCGGGCACGUCCGACCCGUACGUCAAGGUUUACCUCCUGCCGGACAAGAAGAAGAAAUACGAAACCAAAGUGCACCGCAAGACCCUCAAUCCCGUCUUCAACGAGACAUUCAACUUCAAGGUCCCGUACGCCGAGAUCACCACCAAGACGCUCGUGUUCGCCAUCUUCGACUUUGACCGCUUUUCGAAGCACGACCAGAUCGGUGAGGUCAAAGUGCCCAUGAAUACAAUUGACCUCGCUCAGACCAUCGAGGAGUGGAGGGACCUGACUGGCGUUGAGGGCGAACAAGGACAGGAAAACAAGCUGGGUGACAUCUGCUUCUCACUCCGCUACGUUCCCACGGCCGGCAAACUGACUGUAGUUAUCCUGGAAGCCAAGAACCUGAAGAAGAUGGAUGUUGGAGGACUCUCCGACCCGUACGUGAAGAUUGCACUGAUGAUGAACGGCAAGAGGCUGAAGAAGAAGAAGACCAGCAUCAAGAAGUGCACCCUGAACCCUUAUUACAACGAGUCCUUCACUUUCGAAGUCCCGUUCGAACAAAUACAGAAGGUGCAGUUGGUUGUCACGGUGGUCGACUACGACCGCAUCGGGACGUCGGAACCCAUCGGGAAGGUUGUGCUGGGCUGCAACGCUACGGGCACCGAGCUACGUCACUGGAUGGACAUGUUGGCCUCUCCACGCCGACCCAUCGCGCAGUGGCACUCGCUCAAGGAGCCCACGGACGGACAGGACAACUGAGCCAAUGCAGGCCUCAGAGGUGCAAAGCCAACAUAUUUAAAGGCCACCCUUUCCCCAGCACUUUACCGAGCGACUCUCAGCGUCGCCGGCCUAAGGCGUUGGCGGGUCGUUUGCUGUUUAUUGCACCGUUGUUGAUUGGUUCUUUCCCUCCCGUGUACCAUUGUUCCACACAUAUUCCUUCGUACGUGAUAAGUGUGUGCUCCUUGGUUCGAAGGCAGACGGGAGACGUGUAUAUAGAAUGUUACGCGGUCCGAGCAGUCAACGGCCGCAUUUGCGUUUUAUCGUUAAGCUGAAUGUCGAGCUGAUGUAUAACGGCUUCACAGUCGAAACGUUGCAAGUGUGUCCGUUUUAUCGCUGCUGCUGUGAAGAGCUGUGUGUUCAUACUGAUAGUUGAAACAUGACGUACUGUUCAAGGACUUACGAGGACGCCUAAAUUUAACCCAGCGCAAAGAAGAGCGCUCAACGCUAAUCCUGGUGCUUAACGUUAAGGUAUUAGGUAGCCAGUGUACCCUCGACUAGACUCGGGGCAUCAUAUUCUCCAAGUUGACGCGCGUCAUAGAAAAAUUACAGUUAUGAAAAAAAUUUCUUUCUAGAAUGUCCUGAGAUUACCUUAUUUAGUGCGUGCGGCUCGUGCGACGUCGUCAGUGAACUUUUGUAAAGUCUGAGUCGAGUCCACUGUCAGUGUUACGCAAAGUUGUGCAGUGUGACAAUGCGUUGAGAUUGUACUGCCGCACAAGUGAAAGCUUUGGUUGCUCUGGUCACGCGAAUUUCAUGACCAGGAUAUAGUUUUAUUGCUUCAGGAGCCUUUGUUUCUCAACUGUUCACGCACCUGCGGUCGUCCUUUGUGCCCUAAGAAUAUUUUCUUGUUGUAUUUUUUUAGUGCGCUCGUGUUUGUACGUUGUGUUUAUGCCCUCGUAGUUGCUUGCCCAAUUCGGACUGUUCUUAUAUAAAGAAUGCAGCAGGGGCUGAGUAUUUUUCUUUCUUAAGCCAGCCAAGACGAGUUCGUUUUUCUGCCUGAACUCGUGCUCUAUUUCCUGAUGCGCUAAGGAUUCGGCGCACUUCAUGGCACACAUGCCGUAGUUUCGAUUUCAAGGGAUGUAUUCGCUGCUUCAAUGCGUCUUCGUUCAUAGUGACACGGGUGUCAUAGGAGAGAAUCAACGUCUUGUGAAGAAUGUGAAUCACGUGGAGCGUGGAAGGCGAUGCUUCGAUGCUCGGUUGGAAGUUGUUAAUUUUUUUUUUCUUUUCCAUUGUGUAAAAAAAAAUAUUUUAUAACUUAUUGGCCGAGGCAUUUGCCUAUCACGUUAGAGUUCAGAGUUGCCUUUCUGGUGGGAUUUCAAGUCCUUGAAAUUCUUAGGCACGUCAGAUUGGCGCACGUGGAAAAUGUUUGUCAAGCGCAGUACUAGAUCACUGUAGUUCCCUGUAGCACUCUAAUCAUCAAGGCAUUUUUCCAUACUGGCAUCUUCUGCCGGAAGAUGACGCAGCAAGGAUGUGUUAAAUAUGACUUCUGUUGGCCCAGGUGAUUCACCUGUAUCUGUAAAAGAUUGCGGCGUUUUUGAGUGGAAGAUAUUGUUCGUCUCGCUUAUGAAAAAAAAUGAAUCGCGUAAAGAACUGCAACAUCAUUCUUGAAUGUCUCCACCGUGGCCGCUUCGCAUUUUCUUGACCCUUAAAUCCUUUGCCCACGAAGGUUAUUUUCGUUUCAAUACUUGUCUUUCGUUUUUCGACGCUCCACGUUAUGUUCAUGCAGUGCGGCUCACGGCGGCUGCACUAUAGAGCUAAGCCUAUAUCGAUUUUUGUAUAUCGAAGUUGACGACGCGCGUUAUUUAUCCUAGUAAGUCUAAUAGGUAGGCACACGCGCUUCUUUAACAGAGUGUAUCGUAGAUGCAGUGCUGUGGUGUAUAAUGUGCGAUAGGAUUCGAAGUAUGUGAAGUAUACGUGAAUUCUCGAAUGUCUCUCUCAAAUUUUCCUUUUCUUGAAUGCGCACUUGUCGUAAGUUAUUCGCACGUGCACCGUGUCUUCUUGGAGAAGCAGUAAAACCGUGAAUGAUUCUUCCAUGCGUGCCAUGUGUCGAGGUCAAUGACUCUGCAUCGUCUCGUCGGAGGAACUUGACUUGUCUCGCGAUCGCUGUAAAAAAAAAUUUCUUGAUUUCUUUUCAUUGUUAGUUGAGGUCAUUAUUCUGCGGUAGCUACAACGUAGUGACUGAGUUGACUCUGUUGAAUGCAGUGUUUUCGUUUUGGAAUGGUGCGGGGCUCAUAGAGCCUUGUGUUUUUUACAACUGAUGUGUCUGCAACACAUCGCGAUGCUGUGCGUUUGCUUUGUACAUUCUGCCUUUCUCAGCUCUCCUGUGGAAGUGAAGACGCGCAUAAUUAUGUUUGCACAGCUGGCUGAUGCUGAUUUGUCCUCUAGGCAUUGUAUUUUCGAGGUUGUUUUCUACGUAUGUAUACACUCUUAUGCCUUUUGUUUUUUUGAGUGCACGCUACAGUGGUUCUCAUGUCUGUUACAAUGUCUGCCUGUAAUUUUUAUUCUUACUUGAGAUCCUGUCUCCUUCUGGUCACCUCUAUUCACGGUUCUACAGAACUGGGAUUACCACCUAAGUUCGGCGAAAAACCUUCUAAGGCUCUUGACACGGGAAUAAAAACAGCCUUUAGGUUUUUGCAGAUGCUAUAAAUUUCAAAACACACAGUUCCACCGAGGAGCUAAAAACUAGCUGUCUCCUGACAAGUCAGUAAGUUUAUUCAUUUGCCAAUAUUGCCAUAACUGGAUUACGAGAAUCGGCAGACGCCUUUUUAUUAUAAUUCCUCGGCCCUUCUUGUAAGCCGUAAGGUGGACUGAAUAUGUGGUAUAACUGUUUCUUUUCGUGAAGUACAGUCAAAAGCAGUCAUUCCUAAUUUGUGUACGGCCACAGCUGUUUUUGUCGUCACAAAAGCUAUAGUUUGACGUCAACGCCUUCUUCUCGCAAAAUGGAGAGCAUUGCUUCUUCUACCUCCCUUACGGCGCCCUUCGUGCAAAUUGCCCACUUCCGUGCAGUUAAAUUUCCUCGUGACACUACUUUCCUCUUCCAGGGGCUCUGUAUGCACACUAGGACGAGUGCGCAUUUCAACUUUUUUAUCGAGUGUGCCUGUUUAGCGUGAACUGCGAAAGGUUGUUGAAGAUGAUUUCUUUCUCUUGACCUUUGAGUCUUGGCAAGAUCACGUGACUCUCUCUGCGAGAGUUUGCCGAAAGCACUGACGCUUAUAUCUAUGCCUGCUGCGUUUCCAAGCUUCUUGUCCGGCGAGUAACAGCUACCCUUCCGCUACCCGCGCCUGCCGUUGCGGCGACCAUGGACGGCGUCGCUUCUGGCCUCCAUACUAACGACAAAACAACAUUCCAGCUUCAUACUGAUCUCACUUAGCCGGAAUCGCCUCAUAACGCACGAAUCUCGAGUGCAAAUGCUCACUGCGCGGCUAUGAGUGACCUAGUCGCUAGACUACGAGUGUGAAAGAAAACAGUCGGCAUCGACCCCACUUCGAGCGCGGGGGAAUGACUGCCUCACAUCAUGCGUAGGAGCCACUUGAGUAUCAAACUUUGACACUCUUGCUCUGGUAGCAAGCUUUUCGAAAUCAAGGGAGUCGUUCAUACGAGGUCUAGGUCAUGCACGGGCACUGACAUCACACAAGUCUAGAAGCGCGUUUCUAUAAUUUCUUUAUCUUAUCAUAUCUCGCACUCUAUUACGAGUUUCUUUUUUUAAAGCUUGAAGGCGCAAUGACGCCGCUGGCUUAUUUGCCUUCAAACCAGUAAGAAUCUCAGAAAACGUGUUUUUAACCCUUCCAAUGUGAAUUUUAAGCAGCAAUUACCUAAUUAUUUUUGUGUGAAGCCGUUAAAAAUUGCAGAAUCAAUAUUUUGCAAAACGACAGAUGCUAAGCAAUGAGGCACCUACUAGGCUGAUCACGUGCUAUUUGAAAGUGUAGUAGCACACAAUUUUGGCUUGUGUGGCAUUUUUACAACACCAACGGCUCUCUACUUACAAAUAACUUAAGGGCAGUUCGCUGGCUUGGCUUAUAAGGGCUUCUCGUUAGCCGGCUUUGAGCAUUUCCACUCGGGUAUUCCCUCUUGUGGCUUCUGGGCAGCUGUAGGACCCUAGCGUGCUUAGUGCGUUGCUGUUAAAUCUGUCAUAUCACGUCACAGAAAUGCAGUCUAAUGGUGUUAACACGUCUGUUGGUGUACAUGUUUAUUGGUUUGUUAACCCUCGCGUGCUGGUGUGAUAGCACCAUUCUUCGCCUUCGCAUGCACAAAACUGUGUUAUUGAUCCCUAAACCCCUGUGCAAAGUGCUGCAACCUAGAGGACUUUUCUUGUUCAUAUUAUCCCUUACGCUGUAUUAUUGACACAAAGACCUCCAAUUUUCUAUUACACGUAACGAAGUAUAGGGUAUUUUCACAGCUAUCCGUGAUGGAUAUUGUUCACAAGCGAUAACCCUGUUAACGUUCCCUUUGUGUCAGGGAUAUUUGCGCCUGAAUUUGCAGAACGAAUCAUGGCAGAUUUCCUUCUUUUUAACUUUCAGGCGUGAUUACAAAAAUAGUUCUUUAAACAAGAAUAUUGCAACAAUGUUUGUUUGCUUUCUCGUGUAUUAGGGCCUUUCGUUUAGACUGCGAAUUUAUAGGAGGAGUUCUUCGACCAUUUCCCUCCUAUGUGAUGCAAGGGUUCAUAGUUUUAUCAUUAUCACUAUAAUUUCCUUGUGAUUUCAUAAUGCCAGACGAAAAAUGAGACUCACAUGAGCAUCUAUAGAUCAGUGACCGUUCUCAGCUUGACUACUGUGCGCAACAUCUCUGUUUAUGGAAAUCCUAGGUUUUCAGCAACGUUCACAGUGCAAUUCAGCUAUCGCUGCUAAACGCAAAUGUUCGCUUCAAACUAUUUCACGUUUGUUGCAGUAUGUUACUCAUUGACCACUUGUACACUUCUCGCGUUUUAGUAUAGAUUAGAAACAGGCUACACAAUGCGUAAGAUAUUGAAAGCUAAUGAAUGGAAAAAAGUGUGUAAGCAUUGAUUAGGGAGCACCGUUUACCAGGUGUCAUGUUGUGCAGGCAGAACCAACUCCUCCAGGAGCCAUCGAACGAUCUGCAGUAUUACACUUACACUUUCUCGCCAAUUAAACUAUAAAACAGACAGAGAAAGUUGCCCCUAAUAUAAAGAAUGAAAAGCGAAUGCUUGACUCUGCAGCUUAAAGCAGCCUUCACCCUACUGAGCUGAAGUCUAGCACAGUAGUUCUGAAUUUAAGCUUCCUGUCAGUGUAGGCUGUAACAUACGCCCCGCUUUCUUCGUCUAAUGCAGUAAUUGCAAAGACUGCACAGUUGUGCGUGCCUGUCCUCAUAAAUGCCUUCAGCAAAGAAAAGCUUAUUGCACAUUCAUUUAGCUUUUCUCUUCUUGACAUUCUAGGCAGAAAUCGAUGCACACAUACGUUCUGAUGGAACUAGAAAACUUCUACGCCUGGACUGACCAUGGUACACUCCAUUAAAAUACGUAGUGCUAAAAACUAAUUUCGCCGGAGGUAUAACUCCAUCUUCAUGUGUUCUCAUACUCACCGAUGGCCUGUGUGCACACUGAUUGAGCAAAAGAAUAUCCAGCGUCCUGUGUCAAAACGGUGAACAUUCUCUGUAGGGUACAAUCAGGUUUCCAAAACGCGUAGUUCAGGUUAAGCAGUUAUCCUCGCAAAAGGAGUUAUCAUACAAUUUCUUUUUCUAUUAUCCGAGUGGGAUGUGGCUUGUGCUCUUACCCGGCCCGAUCACAAAUCGUUUAUUUCCACAGAUUCCGGGAGCAUCUCGAAAAGAAGUGGCACAAAAUACGACCACACAUAAGACUAGACGACAGGGGCGCCUUUCCUGUCAUCUGUCGCCUUUCUUUUGUGCCAUUUCUUCCGAAAUGAACCCAUACCAGCUAGGCCAUGCUCAGAGAACUUUAAGAAGUUUCGCAAAGGCAACCCAGCGAGAUAUGCACGACCUUACGGCAUUGAAAUGAAGGGUAUUGAAAGGAAUUUUUCAUUUCGCGGUGGUUUAGUUGUCCCCACGUUUACAACUACGGUUGUGAGCCGCUGUACCCGUCAAUGGAUUUUGAGGUGUUCUAGUCACGUGCGAGCACUUUCUUCUUUAUUUUCUUGUUUGCGAGAUGUAUAUCUUGUAUCAUAGUGGAAUGACGCCGUACCGUGCAAUGGGUUUCCAUCAUCGCCCGCAGUAUACUGACGUAAACACCUUCUACGCAAGACCCCCCCUACUCAAACGUCGGACAAGGAGACUUGCACCUACGUGUAUCACUGCAUACUUAAUUCUAUAGGGCGGUGUAAAGUUAUGUACAUAAUCGCAUCUUUGUGUCAUAGUGUCUGCGCCUGACCGGUUGACUCUUCGUGAAGGUUGAUUCGUUUUGUUAUUGUUUCGUUUUUGGUUUCCAGCUUGUGGUCAAUAAAUUUACUCUGAGAAGAAAUCUCUUA